CCAAAGAUUUUUAUACACACAAGCCACUAUUGCUUCCGAAUUCUCGGACACUUCUAGUACUUUAUUUUGAGUACUUGUUUGAUAGCUCUCCAACCUACACCACCUACUUCCCAAGUUUACCUCUGAGAGCUUUAUCUUCAACUAGCUCCGCCGCACAACUCACGUGACUGAAAAUUUCGAAUUUUCCAACCGAUUUCAGCCAACGGUGACAGACACCUGGACUUCCCCACCAUUGUCGGGUAUAUGAUUUCGGUUCUCAGACAGAGACUAACAAAAAUCGUUUUACCGCUCAUCCGAACUGUCACCAUGGAAAAAACCCCAGUCUUAGCUCCCGUAUCAGCCCCAGUUGAGGCCGCCCCAUCGAUCGAACUCCCAGCUGCCUCUGCCUGGACGGAAAAGGUGGACUACACAAAAUGGUCCAAGAGACAGCUUUUGAUCAAGGUCAUGGAAUUAGAAGGAAAGAGCUCCCACGAGAUUUCUCGUCUCAUCGGUAUGCCGGUUACGGAGUCCAAGCACAACACUCUCCCGGUGGCUUCCCGCAAACAGAAGGAGUUUGACUUUUCCAAAUAUCACACGCGGUACAUUGUGCUCCGGUUUGCGUAUCUUGGCUGGGACUACAGCGGGCUCGCGUUCCAGCGUGAACCGACGCCGUUGCCGACGGUGGAGGACACGCUUUUCGAGGCGUUGCACAAGUGCCGCUUAAUCCCGUCGAUGGAGCCAACAGACUUCCAGUUCAGCCGCUGUGGGCGCACGGAUCGCGGAGUCAGUGCGAUGCACCAGGUAGUGUCCUUACGCGUGCGAUCAAAGUUCUCACCCGAGGAGCAGGCGGACCCAGCGAACAACGACACCGAGAUCGACUACGUAAACAUCUUGAACAACCUCUUGCCGAAGGAUAUCAAGGUUUCCGGAGUGUGUUUGUCGCCCCCAGAGACCUUUGAUGCCCGUUUCUCGUGCGAAUGGCGCCAUUACAAGUACAUUUUCCACAGUGAGGGCUUGGACAUUUCCCGGAUGAACGAGGCUGCGCGUAAGUACGAGGGAGAGCACGACUUCCGUAACUUCUGCAAGCUCGACGGGUCGAAGCAGAUCAAGAACUUCAGACGAACAAUGCUUUCGGCGCAGAUUCUUCCCCUCAAUGAAGGCAACAACGACAACUGGUACGUCUUUGACUUGCGCGGGACGGCCUUCUUGUGGCACCAAGUGCGGUGCAUGGUGGCGGUGUUGUUUUUGGUGGGUCAAAAGUUGGAGGCGCCACUGGUGGUGGACUACUUGCUCGAUGUGGUGCUGAACCCGUGCAGGCCGUACUACGACAUGGCCAGCGACACCCCGUUGAUACUCUUCGACUGCAAGUAUCCCGAUGAGAUCCAGUUCACGGCGCCACCGAUGCGCCUCGAGAAGCACAACCGUACCUUGGGCACUGUCAGGUCCAUGUGGAUGGAGGCCAACUUGAAGAAGCAUGUGAAUGACUUCAUGCUCCGUCUGAUUGCACCAAACCCAGAGUUUUUGGGAGAAAAGAUCAGGGUAAACUUGGGCGAUGGCAACGGUAGACCGGUGGGUGUCUACGAGCCGAUGUGCAAGAAGAAGACGACCGAGACCGUCGAGGUUGCGAAUAAAAAGUGGAUGGACAAGCACCAGAGUAAGAAGCGGAAGAUGGAAGCCAGGAAGACAGAGAGAGGCUGAGCAGUAAUGAUAAUUGGUAAAGGUUGGGGGAUUAUUCCGGGCCAAAAAAAAUUGAUAGAGAAAAAUUGAGUGU